UUCCGCGCGCCACUUCCACUAUAGUGUAGAGUGCGGACCGUGGCAGUGUGAUCUGUUUCUAAAGUUCGGUCUUUGCGAGCCAUGGAGAGUGACUUUUACCUGCGUUACUACGUGGGUCACAAAGGCAAGUUCGGUCAUGAGUUCCUGGAGUUUGAGUUCCGACCUGACGGAAAAUUGCGAUAUGCCAACAACAGCAAUUACAAAAAUGACGUCAUGAUCAGGAAAGAGGCUUAUGUACAUAAAAGUGUGAUGGAAGAGUUAAAGAGAAUUAUUGAUGACAGUGAAAUCACCAAAGAAGAUGAUGCCCUGUGGCCCCCUCCUGACCGAGUAGGCCGGCAAGAGCUUGAGAUCGUCAUCGGAGAUGAGCACAUUUCUUUCACAACGUCCAAAAUUGGUUCCCUUAUCGAUGUCAACCAGUCCAAGGAUCCAGAAGGCUUGCGAGUGUUCUAUUAUCUUGUCCAGGACCUCAAAUGUUUAGUCUUCAGUCUUAUUGGAUUACAUUUCAAGAUUAAACCAAUCUAGAUUAGAUAUUGUGGACACAGGGGGGUAGUUUUUAGUUACCGUAAUUAGGAUUUUUUUUUUCUGUAUAUUGGGGCAACUUUUAUAAACAAUAAAUGAUGGUCUUUAAUAAAUGUGAUAACAUGGUU